UAAUACCCGAUGUAGAGAUUUCCACAAGUCCACCAACGCAGAAACUAGCCAUAGGUACAGCGAUCAAUCUGACUUGUAUGGCGCAGCCAAGGAGUAUUGAUGCAGGAUAUUAUGAUAGAUGGACCAAGUAUAUUCAGUGGUACGAUCCACAGGGCAGGCCAGUUGGACAAAAAUGUGUGCAGGGUAGAAGAAUGGUGUUAAAACUAAGAUGUACAUUAAUGCUCAAAAAGCUGACGGCAGAGAAACUCGGAGGCUACACGUGUGAAGCAGGAAAUCCAUAUCGUAAACACUGCAGGAGAAAAUCAGUCGAAAUUCGUCCGCAAGAAAACCAAAACAUUAACAUUGUUGAAGAUCCGAAGAGUCAACGCGUUUUUAUCAACUCUAAUGUUACUCUGAACUGCACUGCCACCGGUCAACCAAAAGUAACCAUCUUGUGGAUGAAAAAUAAUGAUUCAUAUGCUCUACAAACCAACAAAACCAACCCAAGAGUAGAGGAGAGGAUUAUUUUGUUAGACAACAAAACUGUUCUCAGUCAGCUAUUAUUAACAGCAACUAAUAGGGAAGAUCAUGGAAAAUACCACUGCGUCGCCAAUAACGACAUCGGAAAAAGGAUAUCACGAGUGGCCUUUUUACAGAUAGCAGAUCAAGACGCCCAGUUCAGUCAAAGAUCCAAAGAACCAAAGUGCUCCUGCACUGCCAGUGGUGAUCCCAACCCAAGCAAUUAAUGGCUGAUGGAUAAUGACCCGUAUUUUUGUGCAAUCCAACCUGAUGGCCAAGCUCCAUUGAACUCUUAGUACUAAACCACAAAUACCAAUGCAUUGGUAUUACAGAUUUCCUUUUCAGAAUUACAGAUUUUGAGUUAGUUUCAAAAAUUACAGAUUUCUAUUUCUAUUUCGUUUUGUUUCGUUUCACAAACUACAGUAUGCCCUCGCUACGAAUCAGCAAGAAAUAGAACGAUUGUUAUAUAGUGUGCGAGUACUCUGACCGAACUUCAACUGUUUGCGGUAAGCAGCGACAAUAGGGAAAAUAACGAGAUCCGACAACCUGUUAAUAAACGGUUGACGGUAAAAAUUUAUCCAUUUUAACGACUGACAGUUAAAUUUUUAGACCCUUCCACGGCUGACGGUUAAAACCCAUUGAGACCCAAAUCGUCGAUUUCUAAGACUAGAUUUAAACAACAAAGCCCAGUUGUUCGAAGGCGGAUUAGCGCUGGGAUAGUUUUUCCAAUUCUUUUUUUUGAGCAUUCAAUCAUCAAAUUGUAGACAAAUGCAAUUCAACUGAAUUGUUUUUCGAGGCUUUCAGAUUCGAAAUCAAAUUCCACGCUGUAAGGCUGAUUUUUCUUAACCCAGCUUUGGACAAGCCCCCUGGGGGCUCCUUUAAAUCUUAAUAUCCAUCUCGCAAUUUGUAACUACCAUGAACAACAAGCCCAGACAGAUUCCCAACGUGCAUUGCUUUACAGGCAUCCCACGUAAUUAUAAACGAAAAGGAGAAACUAAAUUGGGAACCAUUUAGUCUUUAUCAACGAUCAAUACUAUCCAAAGUGAAGUCGCCACCAGUGGCGAUUUGACUAAAACGUUUGUUUAGUCAAAAAUAGGACGUGAGGUGUUUUCUUGUUUUCCUUUAUAAUAUUGUAUUAAUUUUUUUUCUUAUCUCUCCUUUGCGUCGACGCCUCUUGACCCCAGCAUAGUCGCACUCUUAGUCAUAUGAAAAAAGGCUUGAGUUUUCUCACACGUGUUUGCCGGUGUGCCCUCGUAGUUUUGUGCAAGUUGUUUCUCGCCCUGAUGUUCAUUAAGUUAUUGUUUAUGUUUAUUUUGUUAUUUUUUUAACUCAUUACUUUAGUUUUUACUGUUUUAUAACCGUUUCUGUAAUCGUUUGCGACCUUCGAUUUACGGUCUAUGAUUCAAUAAAGUUUAUGGCCUACAA